AUGUCAAUAAAUAAAACAUGUAUUAAUGAAACAUAUUUUGAUACCGCUGAUUUUCUGAACUUGUAUUCUCAUCUAAUUUCAAUAGUGGCGCUUCCAAUUAAUAUUUUGGGUAUCUGGUUGAUUUAUUAUAGGACUCCGGUUCGAAUGAAAAAUAUGAAAGGAGUAAUGCUGAACUGUCAUGUUUGGGGUCUCUUUGGUGAUGUGAUGCUUGGAACUCUAACAAUUCCAUAUGUAUUUUUCCCGGUGAUUUCCGGAACUCCUCUGGGUAUUCUGACAAGGUUCUUUGAUAUAAACGCAUUCUUUCAAACUUACAUUGCUGUGGCUUGUGUAGCCGAAGUCGGAAGUUCAAUUGUAUUUAUGUUUGAAAAUCGACAAAGCCAAACUGUCACAUCUUCAUGGAAGAUCACAUCGGAAAAGAGUAGAAAUUCAUUUUAUGCAAUCAACAUGAUAUUUCCCUGGUUGGCAUCAACUAUUUCACUGAUGAGAAUCCCGGAGCAAACAUCGGCCAAACUAGAAAUGCUGAAAACGAUUCCAUGCCCUACUAUUGAAUUUUUCCAAAUGUCAGUAAUCAUUGUCACCACAGAUGCCAAAUCUAUCGGUUUGGCUCUUAUGCUGUUAUUAUUGUUUUAUACAAUUCAACUGUUUUUCUUUAUUAUUCAUUCUUCUUUUUAUUUGUGCAUCUCGACAAAGUCCUAUGCAGUUUCCGAGAAAACUAAAAAACUGAAACGAAAAUAUUUUGUGGCAGUUUGUAUUCAAAUCAUGGUCCCGUUUGCGAUUAUGGCAGUUCCGGUAAGCUACUAUGCAUUUUCAAUAGUCACAGAUUAUUAUAAUCAGUCAGCCAACAACUUUUGUUUUCUGAUAAUGAGCAUUCACGGGUUUUUCUCAACAGUUGCCACUAUUGUCAUUUAUGAAAACUACAGAAACUAUAUUCUCCAUGUUCUGAGAAUUCGACGCAAUCUUAAAGUGACCUUAAUUCAGUCAAAGAGCAUGGCGGAGACAACUUAUAUUUAG